GUGAGAGAGCUUCGGGUGUUGUUUCAGCAUGUCCGGCCGGGGCAAGGGCGGUAAGGGGCUCGGGAAGGGCGGCGCCAAGCGCCACCGCAAGGUGCUGCGCGACAACAUCCAGGGCAUCACCAAGCCCGCCAUCCGCCGCCUGGCUCGGCGCGGCGGCGUCAAGCGCAUCUCGGGCCUCAUCUACGAGGAGACCCGCGGCGUGCUCAAGGUCUUCUUGGAGAACGUGAUCCGCGACGCCGUCACCUACACGGAGCACGCCAAGAGGAAGACGGUCACGGCCAUGGACGUGGUCUACGCCCUCAAGCGCCAAGGUCGCACCCUCUACGGCUUCGAGAUAACAGCUCUCUCUGGUGGCCUUGUGGUGGCUCUUAAAAGAGCCUUUCGGUUUAAAACAGAACGCCAGGAGACUCAGGCGCGCUCGCCGCGGAUGCGGCGGGCCAGCUGGAUGUCCUUGGGCAUGAUGGUGACUCGCUUGGCGUGGAUGGCGCACAGCGCCAUGACGGCCGAGCUCUGGAAGCGCAGGUCGGUCUUGAAGUCCUGCGCGAUCUCGCGCACCAGGCGCUGGAAGGGCAGCUUGCGGAUCAGCAGCUCCGUGGACUUCUGGAACGCAAACAUACAGAGCUGUGCUGCGAUGGCGCGGACAAAGCAGACGGCGCGGAAAUCCACGGGCGGGAAGGCGCCCCGCAAGCAGCUGGCCACCAAGGCUGCCCGCAAGAGCGCGCCGGCCACGGGCGGCGUCAAGAAGCCGCACCGCUACCGGCCCGGCACGGUGGCGCUGCGCGAGAUCCGCCGCUACCAGAAGUCCACGGAGCUGCUGAUCCGCAAGCUGCCCUUCCAGCGCCUGGUGCGCGAGAUCGCGCAGGACUUCAAGACCGACCUGCGCUUCCAGAGCUCGGCCGUCAUGGCGCUGCAGGAGGCCAGCGAGGCUUACCUGGUGGGGCUCUUCGAGGACACCAACCUCAGCCGCAGCGUGAUCAUGUCCGGCCGGGGCAAGGGCGGCAAGGGGCUCGGCAAGGGCGGCGCCAAGCGCCACCGCAAGGUGCUGCGCGACAACAUCCAGGGCAUCACCAAGCCCGCCAUCCGCCGCCUGGCUCGGCGCGGCGGCGUCAAGCGCAUCUCGGGCCUCAUCUACGAGGAGACGCGCGGCGUGCUCAAGGUCUUCUUGGAGAACGUGAUCCGCGACGCCGUCACCUACACGGAGCACGCCAAGAGGAAGACGGUCACGGCCAUGGACGUGGUCUACGCCCUCAAGCGCCAAGGUCGCACCCUCUACGGCUUCGGCGGUUAAAGCUCAGCGCUCCAACCGGAUCACCGCGACAAAGACACAAAGGCUCUUUUAAGAGCCACCCACUUUGUCUUUCA